AUGUCACUUACAUCAAAGAAACUAUUUAAGAUUGGAAUAACUGGGGGUAUAGGUAGUGGCAAAUCUAAGCUGCUUGAGUAUCUCUCAACAAUCCCAAGGAUAUAUACAAUCAAUCUAGAUGUAUAUGGCCAUGAAAUAUAUAAACUAAACCCGUUGGUUCUAAGGAAUCUCUCUACUAUGUUUGGAAAAGAGGUAUUAAACUAUGAUAAAAGUCAGUAGCCCAUGAGAGAUGAUAUAUUAGGGAUAAAUAGAUUGGAACUAGGAAAGUAAGCUUUCAAGAAUGAGUAUAAUUUAAAUGCACUUAAGUCUUUGGUAUCACCAGAGAUCAAGAGACUUCUUAAGGAGUCAAUAAGUGAAGUAGAAAAUAGAUUUUAGGAUUAAUAUGAUGUGAUUGCAGUUGAAGGUGCUGUGCUAAUAGAACAAAAGACGUUCGUUAUGUUUGAUGAGCUCUGGGUUACCACUUUAGAUAAGCACGAUGCAGUAAAAAGAGUCAUGAAGAGGAAUCCGGAGUUAUCUGAAAAAAAUAUUAACGCUUCCCCCUCAAAAUCCCACCUUUCCUCUCCCAUUAAAAAUUCCAAUGCUAUGGUUAAUAAGAUCUUUCCCUUGAACAAGCAAGUUAUCUUAUCAUGUAGGAAACUCGAGACAGGUCCAUUGGAAAACUACAUUCACAUGGCUACCUUGAUUCACAAGAUCAACCUGCUCUUACUUGAAUAUGAGAAUAUCAAGCAGCUAAGAAGUAUACUAUAAAUCGUUUUCUCUAAGUAAUUACUAAACUCAAUUAUUGACUUUUGCAUGAAUACGGAUCAUUUCGCUUAGUUUGGAAUAAGACUUCUAGAAAUCAUGAGUCUUGAGUUUGCACUUGUUAUUGCUAAAAGUGAUGCUGUCUCAGUCAUAUUUGGGCUGCUAAGAACUAAUGACUAUGAGACAGUUGUGCAAUGCUUAUCUUUUUUAAGAGUACUUAUUUCAAACUCAAUAGUAAAUGAAAAGAUCAAGGCUAGUGAUAUUUUAAAUAAAAAACUGUUGGUAUUAGUGAUGAAGACUGUAUAAAAGUAGCCUGAAAUUGAAUAUCUUGCCUGCUUGGUUGAUAUUGUUAAUCUCGUGGUGAAUGACAAAGAACUGAGGUCUUAAAUCCUAACGACAGUUUUAAAAGAAGAUGAAAACUAAAACAUCAAAAUUGAUUAUCUUAAGUUUCUGAAGACUAUUGAGUCCAAACCAGAAAUAAAAUCAAUUAGGGACUUAAGCAAGAAAAUUUCAAGAUAAGUUAAGGAAUUAGAAAUAUGGAAUAACUCAGUAUCUAAAUGA